GGGACCCCGCCGAGAUGUCUGACCGGAGCUCGCCGGCUGUGCCGACGUUCUUCCUUUUGGCCCGCAGGCCGAGGCGUGGGACGUCACCUUCAAGGUCAAAUAUGGUGAUACACUUAAAAGGUUUUAUGGUUGUGUCAAUGGGAAUCAUUUUUUACAUGAAUUUAUCUACUCUAUGGGCGAGGAUUGAUACUGCCUUUAAGUUUGGUCCUGAUGUUGACUUUGUUCUGACUUACACCGAUGAGGAUGGUGAUAUUGUCAUGAUAGAUGAUGAUGAUGACUUGCGUGAUGCAGCUCUCCGUCAGAAAUUAAACCCUUUCAGGAUUACUGUUCAACUGAAGAAAAAUCAACCAACUGCAAAAAAGAUACUUCUGCCUUAGGAUUCGAAAGCAUUAAGCAAACAAGAUGUUCAAGCCUACACACAUACACUCCCCUGAUUUUAUAUGAA